AGGACCUCACAAGUCUGCACGGUUUGGGUAAACUUGAGCGGAACUUGGGAGAAACGACUCAGAGAAGUCGCACGUGUACUGUCCAUUAAUCGGAACAGGCGACUGAACCAAAUUAUGACUUACAAGAAAUUAAAACAUUAAACAGUUUGUCUGGCCGUUCAAAGGAUUUAUUGAUUAAUAAACAGUCCCUGGUGGAAGAGAGGAACUAAAACCAUAGCUAUGGAUACAGAACGACAGAAGCGUAAAGAAGAUAUACAAAAAGCUUUGGGAUUCAUUCAAUCAUCAUUGCCUUUUCCUGAACCUGAAAGUUACGAGGCAUUUCUUACCCAGCUAGUGUGCAAUUUGCUGGAUGAGGGUAAUGCAGUGUUUCGUGAUGGAGAAUGCAGGCAGGCAUCAAUACAUUACAGUGAGGGAGUGAAUGUUGCCCGCUAUGCUCAAUCUGAAGCGCUGGUCAUUCCCACAGAGCUAUUGGAGGGCCUGUAUGUGAACCGGGCAGCCGCACACUAUAAUCUUGGGGAGUUUGAGCGAGGAGUGCAGGACUGUGACAUGGCACUGUGUGUGUCGGAAGGAAGUCGUAGGGCGCUUUUCAGAAAGGCACUUUGUCUGAGAGAGCUGGGCCGACUCCGAGAGGCUUAUGAGUGUGGCACUGGAUGUCUGCUGUCUGCUCCUCAUGACAGGCAAGUCAGUGAGCUUGCACAAGAUCUAGCCAACAAACUUGGUUUGAAAAUCCGCAAAGCCUAUGUCAGCCCUCAGCUUGAUUCCACAUCAUCUGGGGCGGACAGCAAUGGUGAAACUAAUUCUCCUACAGGGGAGACCUCAUCAAAUGGUCUUGAAUCUAUGACUGAUAUUGGAUCAGACAGUUCUAGUGCCCAAUGCAUCCCUGCCCCUCUGGCCACACCAAUCCCGGUCAGUGAUGAUGCCCAGAUGCCCCCUUUGAGUCCUAUUUUGACCCAAGACAUGCCUGAGAGCCCAAACCAGGAGCCAUCAGGCCGUGUACCAUACUCUGUGCCUGUAUCUGAACAUAUGGAUGAAUGUGGGAUGAAUGAGGAAUGUCUGGAUAACUUACUGGAAAAUAUUCCUAAAGGAGCUGAGGUCAGCGUGAACCCAGUUCAAGGAGCCAUUCCCACCAACCUUCCGAACACAGCUGUGGGCUUGAGGCCUUCAUACUCUCCUGGUCUCCCAGCCUCAUCCUCAUCUCCCUAUUUCAACAGUCCUCUUACCCCACUAGAAUCCUUUUCAGUGUUGAGCGAAGCAUCUUCCCAGACAAUGGAAUCCCUUGGAACUUUUGGCUCUGGGGCUGGAGCGGAAGACACUGCUGGAAAGGCCGGGUCGGGAUCUCUAAGCACAGGCGGAUUAGAUUCCCUCUCUGAGUACACACUUCCUGGUGGGCGAUUCUCUCACAGUUUUAUCCCUGGUUUGCGUAAUCUUAAUACCACCAAUUCAAAUGGCCCAACAGGUACCAACCUCUCUCUGCUGUCACGAAACCCUCUGGCUGCCACACACGAGUUUAGACAGGCCUGCAAUGCUUGCUACAGUCGCAUAGGUCCCAGGGUAAUGGACUACCGUUAUCAGCCUGAUGCAGCUCAUCGCUGUAAAAGAGACGUGCUUCUCUGUCGCCUCAAAUCAUCAGAAGACCCAAGUUGGAAAAGGGUGCGACCUCGCCCUGCACGUAACAACUUCCUUGGGGCUUUUGUUCUCUGCAAAGAGGUGCAAGAGCGUCAGGAGUGCCAGUAUGGUGAGAACUGCACUUUUGCAUAUUGCCAGGAGGAGAUAGACGUGUGGACCCAGGAGAGGAAGGGAGCUCUAAGCCGCGAGCUUCUGUUCGACCCACUGGGCACCAAUGAACGACGGGCCCUCAGUGUCACCCGUCUGCUUCAGCUUCACAUGGGCAUGUUUAUGUUCCUCUGUGAGGAAUGUUUUGACAGUAAGCCUCGUAUCAUUAGCAAGCGAAGCAAAGAGAAUCUCGCAGUGUGUUCCAACCUUACUGCACGACAUCCUUUUGACGAUAACAAGUGCCUGGUGCACGUGGUUCGCUCGGCAAACGUGCGCUACAGUAAAAUACGGCCUCUUCACCCGCUCUGCCAGUUCGACGUGUGCCGACAUGAGGUGCGAUAUGGCUGUCAGCGGGAGGAUAGUUGCUCCUUUGCACACUCGGUCAUAGAGCUCAAAUGUUGGGUGCUUCAGCAGGACACGGGUAUUACCCAUGAGGAGAUGGUACAGGAGUCUAAGAGACACUGGCACAGAUUGGAACAGAAUGCACAAAGACAAAAGCCGUUACCCCACCAACACACCAGUAGCAGCAACAGUGCAGUCAGCGGUAGUGCUGUUGUCUCUGGAAGUGUGGUCAGUGGCGGAGGAGAUAGCAUUGGGGGUGGAGGCACAGGAGGGGGAGGACUGGUAGGAUGUGGUCGGGGGCGUGGCCUAAAUCUGAAGAUGAAGUUUGUGUGCGGACAGUGUUGGAGGGAGGGCCAGGUCAACGAACCAGACAAAUCAUUGAAGUACUGCACUGCCAAAGCCAAACACAGCUGGACGAAAGAGCGCAGGGUGUUGCUAGUGAAAUCAUUUGAGAAGAAAAAGUGGGUGGUAGUGCGACCGCUGCCUUUUUCCCGUACCUACCCUCAACAAUAUGACAUGUGUGUUCAUGUUAUGAAACAAAAGAAGUGCCACUAUAUUGGGAACUGCUCUUUUGCACACAGUUUGGAGGAGAGGGAUGUGUGGACAUAUAUGAAAAACAACAGUUUGAGAGACAUGCAGCAGAUGUACGAGAUGUGGCUAUCAUUGACCAACCAGAAUCGCCGUGCAGAUGGCACCCUCAUGACUCCUCCCCCAGAAGAAAAACAGAUCGCUAUGCCAACUGAUUAUUCUGAGACAAUGGUUGGGAGGCGCAUGUCUGGAGGAGGAGGAGAUCUGUGACCUGGGUCAAAUGUGCAGUUGCCCGUGAUGGGGUUGUCUGGAUGAAUCGUCCUGAUCUGAUGUCAGUUUUAAAGGCUCAACUCUAUCAGUGCCACUCUGGGAAGUACCAGGUUCUGCUGCCCUGAAGGGCAGAGUGCUUGACCUUAGGACUAACAAAGUGAUUGUUGACACACACACAUGCUCACACAACACACGCUUCAUUACUCAUAACAAAAUCUGCACAGUCACUGACAUGACACUCGGCACAGACUCAUGGGUGUCAUGUAUGUAGACGUGCACACUGGUACUAUUGCGUCAAAGUUUGCAGAUUUGAAGUUUUAUCUGAACCAUCUACUCAAUCCUUAAUGUACCCUUAGUGCUUUUAAAAAUUUGAAGAGGAAGAAUUGAUUCCCCCACUGUCGAAUUUAAGCAGCAGUCAGAUUUGUGAUGUGGUGCUUAACUCUGUUCCUGCCAUAUUGGUAGAGGAGUUUGAAUGUAUAGCCGACAGUGGCCAUUUACAAAAAAGAGAUUUAUUAGAUGUAGAAUGUGUUUGAUACAUGAGGCAAUCAAUUAGGUAUCACUUCAAUACCUGCCCCAUGGAAGGCCUGAUCCUUCAGUGUAAAUGCUUGCAAAACACCAGUCACACAUCAUGCAUUGAGAAGUCUUCAUUUCUACAUUAAUUUCAGUUUGCACACUGAGUGACAAUGGAGCAGUGUUUUAAAAAAUGGGAGAACAGACCUUACUCGAGGGCUAUUUGCAAAAAGUAACCCUGGAAAUUGUCUGCAGACCCGUUCCGGCGUGAUCUGACCAUUUGGAAAAAAACAUUUUGGUUCAACUGUGAAUAUACUUCAGUGUUGUCUCGUUUGAGCUCAUAGGUUGGCCCAUAAUCAUAGGAGAUUCAUGGGAACUCUGCAGUUCAAUAUGGGGAAAUUCAAAAGUUCCUCCAUAUGUAAUAUUUAUUGGUCAAAUUAGGAGCAUGAUUGGAGACAAAUUAGCAAGAAAAUAGGCAAAAAACGUACUUGCCCGUGCCUUUGCGUAGUUAUAUCAGUCCCAAAGUAUAUUGUCAAGACAUGCUGUGCUACCCUUAGUAAGCCUUGUCCUUACUAUAAGUGGACAUGAUAUAUAUAUAAAUAAUUAUACACACACACAUACACAUAAAUAUCUACUAUAUUGGCAUUCUACUAAUGAUUAUUGAUAACUUAGCAGUUAAGCUUAAAUAACUAUAACCUUACAUUGUAUUGAUUACAUAGAACUUCCUGUUAUUGAGCUAUGCUAUAUGACAUGUAUUGCUGAUUAGAUGGUUAGUGAUUUUUUUUUCUUAUGUGUCACUUCAGAAAUGUCAGUUUUGUGAGAUCAAGAAUUUGCUAUCCCAAAAUGGUUUAGAAAAGUAUUUGAUGUGAUAAGACAGAAAGUAGUUUAAUUUGGAUAUAAAAGGAGCAGAUUUUGGGAAUCAGUGGUAGCAAUAUUUCAGUAAAAAAUGGAUUGUAACCGGAUUGGAGUUUUGUGGGACGUUCUGGAGUGACCUAGUUGUACGCUUUACUGAGGGAUCAUAUUAUUACUAGUGCUAUUAUUAUGAUGACAGUAAUGAUAAUGAUUGCCAUUCUAUCCUUCUGUAUGCUAUUGAUAUAUGUAUAUGUUAAUUGCUAUGUAUAACAUUUUAAAUAUAUGUACUAUCAUGUAUGAAUAUAAUACUUAACACAACAGUGAAUUGUCUAUGUAUGCUUAGUGAACUGUCCAGAAUAGAGGAGUUGGAUUGCCACACAGAAAUCUGAUUUAUUGAAAUAUAUUAUACUGCUAAUGUAUGGCAAUACAUCAGAUGUCCAUA